AUGGAGAUAUUCAACAAGUUCCUUCAGGGCAAGACUAUCACCCUUGAGGUCCAGCCCAGUGACUCCAUGGACAAUGUCAAGACCAAGACCCAAGACAAGGAAGGGAUCUCACCUGACCACCACAUCAUAGAGCCAUCCCUUUGCCAGUCUCUCCAGAAGGACAAGUAUGACAAGGCCAUACUCUGCUGCCACCUGUACCUCUGUGUGGUCAAUUUCCUUGAGAAGAAGGGUGGCCACACCAACAACCUGCACCCCAAGAAAAUCAAAUAA